AUGUCCGCCACUCUCGCAGAACGUGCUAAGCCCGUCCCAGACGGCGCCAGCUCGUCUGUCCAGCAUGGCUCGUCUAAGAUCUCUGACAACCCCUACGACUUCGCCAACCUAAAGCCCUACGUCCACCCCCCCGAAACCAAAGAAAACCUCCCCUGGGCCGAACUCGUCACCCUCGACCUGGACGACUUCCACCGUCCCGGCGGCAAGCAGCGUCUGGCGGACCAGCUCUCGCACGCCGUCCACCACGUCGGCUUCUUCUACGUGAAAAACUUCGGCCUCACGCAGGAGCAGAUCGACCGGCAGUUCACGCUGGCGCGCAACUUCUUCGACCUGCCGCUGGAAGAGAAGGUUAAGUACGAGGUUGACUACGCCAACGCCGACUACAACGGCUACCGCCGCGCAGGCCGGGGCAAGGCGGGCGCCAUCCGCGACAACAUCGAGAUGUACAACUUCGCCAAGUUCACCGACGACUUUCGCGGGAAAUACGACCAUCCGCCGCUGCUGAAAGCCCAUCUGCCGGAGAUCGAGGCGUUCGCCAAGCACCUGCACGCCAACGUCGUGCUGCCGCUGCUCAAGCUCUUCGCUAUCAUCCUCCAGCUGCCUGACGAGGACUACCUCGUCAAGCAGCACACGUACGAGAAGCGCAGCGAGGACCACUUCCGCUACAUGAAGUACAACAAGCGCACGCCCGAGGAGCACGCGCUGAGCGAGUACGGCCAGACAGGGGGCCACACGGACCUGGGCACGCUGACGCUGCUGUUCCGCCAGCCCGUCGCAGGCCUGCAGAUCCUGGGCGAGGAUGGCCGCUGGACGUACGUCGCCGCGCAGCCGGGAACCAUCACCGUCAACCUGGCCGACACGCUGUCUCAUCUGACGGGCGGCUAUCUGAAGAGCUCGAUCCAUCGCGUCGUGGCGCCCCCGCGCGACCAGUGGCAGUACGACCGCACGGGGUUGCUGUAUUUUGCGCGCGCGCAUUCGGACACCCUCCUCGUGCCUAUCUCGGACUCGCCUGUGCUGCAGAAGGCAGGUGUCAAGCCGCGUUUCGACAAGCCCGUCACUAUGGCCGAGUGGGUCAGGGCUAAGCAGCGUAUGCAGCUGAAUCCGCAUCUGUAUGAGGAGAAGAGGGAGGCGGAUGGCUCGGUGGAGCUGAUUGCCGGGUAUAAGGAUCGGAGGUACAAGUAA